AUGUCCACAGCCGGGGCCGGGAAUAGCUCCACCGUGACCAUGUUCAUCCUCCUGGGAUUUUCAGACCAUCCAGAACUCCGUGUCCCCCUCUUUGUGACCUUCCUGGCCAUCUACCUCGUGACUGUAGGCUGGAACCUGGCACUCAUCUUUCUGAUCAGAGGUGACCCCCGUCUGCACACACCCAUGUACUUCUUCCUCAGCAACUUGUCCUUCAUUGACAUCUGCUACUCUUCCUCAGUGGCUCCCAAGAUGCUCACUGACUUCUUCCGGGAGCAAAAGACCAUCUCCUUCCUGGGCUGUGCAGCCCAGUUCUUUUUCUUUGUGGGCAUGGGCCUCACCGAGUGCUUCCUCCUAACGGCCAUGGCAUAUGACCGCUAUGCAGCCAUCUCCAGCCCCCUGCUCUACACAGCCAUCAUGUCCCCGGGCCUCUGUACACGUCUGGUGCUUGGGGCAUACGUGGGUGGCUUUCUGAGCUCCCUGACCCAGUCCUGCUCCAUAUUUCGACUCCACUUCUGCGGACCCAAUGUCAUCAACCACUUCUUCUGUGACCUCCCACCUGUCCUGGCACUUUCUUGCUCUGACAUCUUCCUCAGUCAGGUGGUGAACUUCCUGGUGGUGGUGGCCGUUGGAGGGAUGUCAUUCCUCAUCCUCCUGAUCUCCUACAGUUACAUCGUGGCCGCCGUCUUGAAGAUCCGCUCAUCAGAAGGCCGGAUGAAGGCCUUCAACACAUGCGCCUCACACCUGAUGGUGGUGACUCUACUGUUCGGGACAGCACUUUUCAUGUACUUGCGGCCCAGCUCCAGCUACUCGCUGAGCAGGGACAAGGUGGUGUCUGUGUUCUACUCACUGGUGAUCCCCAUGCUGAACCCCCUCAUUUACAGUCUGAGGAACAAAGAGAUCAAAGAUGCCCUGUGGAAAGUACUAGGGAAGAAGAAAGUGUCUUACUAG